AUGAAGUAUUACAAAAUCGAAAUUAACAAGACCGAAUGGGAAGUACCCGAUAGGUAUCAAAUGCUCACUCCUGUUGGUCUUGGUGCCUACGGCCAAGUUUGCUCGGCUGUUGACAAUCAGACGGGGCUGAAAGUUGCUAUCAAAAAACUUGCCAGACCAUUUCAGUCAGCGGUUCAUGCUAAACGUACCUAUCGAGAGCUUCGCAUGUUAAAACACAUGAACCAUGAAAAUGUGAUUGGAUUAUUAGACGUGUUCACACCUGCAAAUACUAUGAAUAAUUUUAAUCAAUUAUAUAUGGUCACCCAUUUAAUGGGAGCUGACUUAAAUAAUAUCAUACGUACACAAAAAUUAUCUGAUGAUCAUGUCCAAUUUCUUGUUUACCAAAUUUUACGGGGUUUGAAGUACAUCCAUUCUGCUGGAAUAAUCCAUAGAGAUUUAAAACCAUCAAAUAUUGGUGUAAAUGAAGAUUGCGAGCUAAAAAUAUUAGAUUUUGGAUUAGCAAGACCAACUGAAAGUGAAAUGACUGGAUAUGUGGCUACCAGAUGGUACAGAGCACCUGAGAUUAUGUUAAACUGGAUGCAUUACAAUCAGACAGUUGAUAUCUGGUCAGUAGGCUGUAUUAUGGCUGAACUUUUGACAGGAAGAACAUUAUUUCCUGGCACAGAUCAUGUGGAUCAAUUAACACGUUUAUUAGUUUUGAGUGGAACGCCGUCCGAUGAAUAUUUAAAUAAAAUUAAAAGCUCGGAGGCAAAAAAAUAUAUACAGUCUUUACCGGUAAUGCCAAAAAAAGAUUUUGGUGAAGUAUUCAAAGGAGCUAAUCCAUUAGCAAUUAAACUGUUAGAAGAAAUGUUGGAAUUGGACGCUGAUAAAAGAAUGACUGCUGAAAAAGCACUUGCACAUCCAUACCUGGCGCAAUAUGCUGAUCCAUCUGACGAACCAAAUUCACCUCCAUAUGAUCAAAGCUUUGAAGAUAUGGAAUUAAAUGUAGAAAAAUGGAAAGAACUAGUCUGGGAAGAAGUUGUUAGUUAUGUUCCAUCCACACAAUUAGAAUCACCAUAA